AAGCAGCGGUGGCGAUUGCGAAGGCUCGGGGGGAGCAGCUGGCUGUCUUCGGGCCGGUCGGAACGCGGUUGUCCGUUCUUUUCCUCGCUCUAUGCUGUCCUUGGCCAUUUCUGCGGGCCGAAGCUUGAGCAGAGCUAGAAGCCCAAGGAUUUUACUCAAAAUGACAUUAGGAACAGAGAUUACAUCAUUUUUCAAGGUGUCUUCUUACAGUGGAGCUGACCGAAAUUUCCUGAAAUGGGAUCUCUCACCAGAGCAGAUUAGAACAAGAACUGAAGAACUUAUCAAGAAAGCAAAGCAAGUUUAUGACAGUGUUGGCAUACUUGAUAUGCAAGUAAUCACUUAUGAGAAUACCGUGCAGGCGCUAGCAGAUUUAGAAAUGGAAUAUUCAGUGGAAAGAAGCAUAUUGGAUUUCCCACAACACGUAUCCCCUGAUAAAGAUGUCCGUGCAGCAAGUACCGAAGCUGAUAAAAAGCUUUCUCACUUUGAUGUUGAGAUGAGCAUGAGAAAGGAUGUGUUCCAAAGGAUUGUCCAUUUACAGCAAAAGUGUAACCCUGAGACUUUAAGACCAGAAGCUAAAAGAUUCUUAGAGAAGUCAAUAAAAAUGGGGGAAAGGAAUGGGCUUCACCUUCCUGCAGAAGUCCAGAAUGAAAUCAAGACAAUCAAGCAGAAGCUGAGUGAGUUGUGUAUAGAUUUCAGCAAAAAUCUCAAUGAAGAUAACACAUUUUUGAUAUUUUCUCAAAAUGAACUUUGUGCCCUGCCUGAUGAUUUUAUCAGUAGUUUAGAGAAGAUUGAAGCUGACAAGUAUAAAGUUACCUUAAAAUAUCCCCACUAUUUUCCUGUUAUGAAGAAGUGCAGCAUUCCAGAUACCAGACGAAAAAUGGAAGCUUCUUUUAACAGCAGGUGCAGAGAGGAAAAUGCUGACAUUCUUCGACAGCUUCUUCCUUUGAGGGCAAAACUAGCAGAACUUCUGGGGUAUAGCACACAUGCAAGUUUUGUUCUUGAAAUGAAUACUGCAAAAAUAACAAACAAUGUUACAAUGUUCUUAGAUGAUCUAAGUAAUAAGCUAAAACUUUUGGGUAAAGAAGAGAGAGCAUUUAUUUUAAAUCUGAAGAAAAAGGAAUGUGAAGAAAUAGGUGUUAAAUAUGAUAGAAAGAUUAACGCAUGGGAUCUACAUUAUUACAUGAAUCAGACAGAAGAGCUCAAAUAUUCUGUAGACCAAGAAAAGCUGAAGGAGUAUUUUCCUAUUGAAGCAGUCACAGAAGGCUUGCUGAAAAUUUACCAGCAGCUGUUGGGUCUUGUAUUUGAACGAGUGGAAGAUGCUCAUGUUUGGCAUGAGAGUGUUACUCUUUACACAGUAAAGGACAGUUCAACAGGAGAAAUUCUGGGGCAGUUCUAUUUAGAUCUAUACCCAAGAGAAGGAAAGUAUGGGCAUGCUGCAUGCUUUGGUCUCCAGCCUGGCUGCCUUCUUUCUGACAGCAGCAGAAUGAUGUCAGUAGCAGCUCUUGUAACUAAUUUCACAAAACCAACCUUAGAUCGCCCAUCACUGCUGCAGCAUAAUGAAGUGAAAACUUACUUCCAUGAGUUUGGGCAUGUAAUGCAUCAGAUAUGCGCUCAGACUGAUUUUGCUAGGUUUAGUGGAACUAAUGUGGAAACAGAUUUUGUAGAAGUACCUUCACAAAUGUUUGAAAACUGGGUUUGGGAAAAAGAACCUCUACAGCAAAUGUCCAGACACUAUAAAGAUGGAAGUCAGAUCCCUGAUGAUCUCCUUGAGAAACUAGUAGCUUCUAGACUAGCAAAUACAGGUCUUCUGACUCUUCGUCAGAUUGUUUUAAGCAAGGUUGAUCAGACUCUUCAUACACAGUCUUCUGCUGAUCCUGCUGAAGAAUAUGCCAAAUUCUGUGAAGAAAUUUUGGGCGUAUCUGCAACCCCUGGUACCAAUAUGCCAGCUACCUUUGGUCAUUUGGCAAGUGGGUAUGAUGGUCAAUAUUAUGGAUACCUGUGGAGUGAAGUGUUUUCUAUGGAUAUUUUUUACAGUUGCUUUAAAUGUGAAGGGAUAAUGAACCCCAAGGCUGGAAUGAAAUACAGAAAUCUUAUCUUGAAGCCUGGAGGCUCAUUAGAUGGAAUGGACAUGCUCCAAAACUUUUUAGGUCGUAAGCCAAACCAAAAAGCAUUUUUAUUGAGUAAAGGAUUAUCUACUUAGUAAAACUAUGAGUUCUUUGGCAAAAGAUGUCACCUAGGAGACCAUCUUAAAAUAUGAUCAUGAAAAUUAAAAAAGACUCUUUGUUAGGGAAAGUCUGUUUGGGAUUUUAAAUGUUUUUUACCAGUUUUCAAAAUUAUACUUCUCAUUUUCAUCUCAAACUUCAUACAGAAUCAUAAUACCGUAUAUUUUUUAAUUGUUAGCAAUAUUUGUGCACUGUGUUGAAUCUAAAGAAUAAUAUUGUUGCAAUUUUACAUGGAAGGUGUGUUAAAUAAAAGAGCCAUAACAUUCAGCUUUUUGUACAUUUUUAGAUUUGAAUAACAAAAUAAUCACUACAUUUCAGCCUUCUUAGCAAAUUUUAUCAAAACAUUUUUAUUCUUUUUUUGAAAUCUAAAGAACUCUAUCCUAGUGUCCUGAAGGACUCAUCAAAUCCUGACAUACCUGAUUAUUUUCCAUGGAUGUGAGCUCAAAUUCACAGAAACAACUUCCAAAAUGCUUUUUUUUUUUUCAAUUAAGAUGUGAUCAAAAAUACAGAAUCCAAGGAUAUUGCUUUAAAACAAAAGUGCUGGGGGAGAAAUAGACGCUUUUCCAGAGUUGAAACUGGAACAUAGCUUUGGGUUCAAUUUCCUAGGCCUGGGAUAUUUUCCUCCUCACACACUGCUUUUCCAAUGUAAAGAAAUUUCUUUUUGCUAUAAUAUGUGUUUCUCAUGGGAACUGAAGCCAGCCUGUUCCAUGUUCUUUGUCAUUGUGCCAAGAACUCAUUGUAGCCUAUCACCUGCCUUUCUAUACUUUUAUUAUGGGCCUUUUUACAUAGAAGAUAAGCUGCAGAAUUGUGGAAGAAAGAACAAAAAAAUGUUACACAUGAUUGUCAAAGGUAACAUUUUUAUCUGUCAACUGUCUUAAAUGCUUGCAGAGAAAGAUUUGUGUUUGUGUGUGUGUGUAAAACUCUUUAGAAUCACUAUAAGCUAACUCAGGCUGCAGGUUUUAAAGAACCUUCAGCAGAUAAGAAAGAGGGAAAGUGGAGCAGAUGCGCCAGAUGACCCAUGGCUUAGAGAAGAAUCAGGAAGGAGCCUGAGGCAGCUGAAACCAAAGAAGAAUCUUCAAAAAGAGCCAACAGAAGGCAAACAUAGCUUUGGAUUUUAGGCAGUGGCAGAGCAAACUCCAUGUGGUUCAGGUCCUGGAUUACUAGGCAAGGGAAUAUUAAAGAGAGCAGGAUAAUCACCGUGUAAAAAACUGGCUUGAGAAAGAAGGAAACAGAUUAGUUAAGUUCAUAAUAUUAUAUUUGCCUUGAGAUAUGGCUUCAGGGUUGAAGAAUUGUUGAAUUUAGCUGUAACAAAGUAAUAAAAUGGUAUGUGUUCAUAAUUAGUAUUAAAAGUUUUCUAUUCA